AAACACAACCCUAACCCUAACGCAAACCCUAAACCCCAACCCCAGCCGGGCUCCGGCCCCGCUCCGACACCCCCGUGCGGUCCGUGCCGGCGAGCGCUGAUUGGCUGCGGCGGAGGGACGGGGCUGUUAUAAAAGCGGCCGCGCGGCCGUUGCCGCCCCAGCGUGCCGGCGGGCGCUGUGCGGUGCGGAGGUCCCUAACCGUGCCCUGCCCGGGGGUCCCGCCGCGCUCCGGCCCGCCCAUGUCUGACCCAACUCAGCAGCCGGCCCCCGCUGCGGGUCCCCCCGCUGCGGGUCCCCCCGGGUCGCCCCCUAACCUGAGCAGCAACCGCCGGCUGCAGCAGACCCAGGCGCAGAUGGAGGAGGUGGUUGACAUAAUGCGUGUAAAUGUAGAUAAGGUGCUAAAACGAGAUGAGAAACUGUCAGAGCUUGAUGACCGGGCAGAUGCACUUCAGGCUGGUGCCUCAAUAUUUGAAAGUAGUGCAGCAAAACUCAAAAGGAAGUACUGGUGGAAGAACUGCAAGAUGAUGAUCAUCAUGGGAGUGAUUUGUGCCAUUAUGGUGGUGGUGAUUGUAAUCUACUUUCUUACUUGAAUGUAGCCCCUUCAGUCUGCGACCUACUGUCCCCUUGCCUGUCUCUUCUUGUCUCUGAAUCUUCCCUUCCACUUAGCUUCUUCAUUGAUUCCUUUAUUGGUUCUGGUUUGUCUUCUAUUUAAGAUUCUGAAGUGCUCUACUGAGCAUGGGUUAGACUCUUCAACAGCUGCUGCAGCUUUAGGGUUAUCUUAGUGUAAAGGAAUGGGAAGCAGGGGAGGAGUGGGUAGCUACUGCUCCUGCUCUUCUGCAGGGGAAUUUCUGUGGCUUAUUUUUGGGUGUAAACUUCUCAACUAGUGCCUGUGUAGACUAGCAAAAUAAGAAUGCCUUAAUGCAGUGCCUUUGGGUGUGCAGGACUUCAUGUGAGAUUCUUGUGUUCUCCAUAAAAAGUGACAGCGUGACUUCAGCUUUUCAUUGAGUUUCUGAAAUAAUUGCUAACUUGUGCUGGUUAGUGACUGAACCGUCUGACUGAACUAGAUGUAGUCAUCCAGAUUUCUUUAGCAAUACAGAGAUGAGCACUUAAGGAAGCAAUUUAUUCUGCCUAUCUUUAUUUUCAGGUGACUUGCUCUCUGAAUGUGGCCAUUUGAGUUAUAAUAAAGGAUAUGUAUGA